CUUGAAUGUAAUGACAUCUUAUCAGAUUACCAAAAUGGCUAUAGAAAACGUCGUAGUUGUGCAGGUCAUAUCUUUUCACUUUUUAACGUAAUUAAUGAACGCAAAUUAAGCAAGAAGUCAACAUUUAUAUGUUUUAUAGAUUUUAAAAAAUGUUUUGACUGUAUA